AUGACACGGAAUCUAAAGCUUUCCCAGCACUUUUCGUCCAAUGGCUGGACCAUCAAAUACGGCGUUUUCGGUGGAGAGAAGAAGCACGAACAAACAGUUGUGUUUGUUCAUGGAACACCAUGGUCUUCUGCCGUUUUCAACCCGCUUGCGAGUGCACUCAUGAGCGGAAAUGGCUACCGUAUAGUGUUAUAUGAUUUAGCAGGCUACGGGCAGUCGCAAGACUUCAAUGACAAGGGCGCUGCACAAUCCGGCGAAUUGUUAGUUGGCGAUACGUCGGUGCGAACACAGGCUUCUGUCCUGGCUGAUUUGUUCAAACAUCUCCGACUCAAUCAAAGCGAUAUUCUACAAAGUCCAGCCUUAGUUGCGCACGACAUCGCCGGCGCAGUUGCACUACGAGCAGGUCUACUCCAUGGCUGCAAAUAUCGCAGCCUCUUACUCCUCGACACAAAUACUGUUCUUCCCUGGGGCGAUGGCUUCUACAAGCUGGCUCGUUCCGAAGCCAAAACAUUCCUCCAGCUCCCUGUCAAUGUCUUUGAAGCGGUUGUACGAGCGGUAAUCCGUAGCGAUUCGCAUGCACCAAAAGAAUUCAGCCGUGUAUGGGAGGAUAUUCUCGCGGAACCUUGGGUCGAUAAAGACUCUUCCGUUGCUGAUGCGAAACAAAAAAGUUUUAUAAGACAGAUUGUGCAAGCAAACGACGCGGACGUUGCGGAGAUGCUUGAUCAGGAUCUCUACAAGCAUGUCGAAUGUCCAGUGAAGAUCAUAUGGGGCGAGCAGGAUCAGUGGAUACCAAGGGAGAAGUUGGAGAGCUUAGCCGCCAUGCUCAAAGAUUCGUUCAAGGAGUUCGUUGUUGUGCCGGAUGCUGGUCAUUUGGUAAUGAUUGAUCAACCAGAAAGGAUCGCGAUCGAAAUGCAGAAGUGGCUGAUGAAGAACUGA